AUGAUGCACAGUUAUGCACCCAUUCAGAAGCAUGCUCUCAUUUAUAUAGAUGAUAUUCUCCUCUUUUCCAAAAACGAGGAAGAACACCAACAGCUUUCGUCCCAGUUUCUUGACAUCACCAUACAACAUGGUAUCAUGCUCUCUGCCAAGAAGAUGGAAAUUGGAGUCUCUAAAGUUAACUUUCUUGGAGUUAUCAUUACCAACGGUACAUAUGAUCUCCAGCUGCACAUUGGCAAAUCUCUGCUGGAAUUUUCAGAUGGUCCGUUCACUAUACCUCAGCUCCAACGAUUCCUUGGAAUUGUUAAUUACAUGAUCGAGUUUAUCCCUAAUCAAACCCGAUUCCUUCUAAUGGGCUCCGCAUUCUUCAAACAGAUGCCAGCGAUGACCAAUGGGCAGCAGUAUUGCUUGAAGAACUUCAUAAUGGAACCCGAAAAGUGUGUGGAUACAGAAGUGCACAGUUUAAACCAGCUGAACGCCAUUACCAUUCCACUUUCAAAGAGAUAUUGGCAGUUCGCCGAGGGAUUGAAAAAUUCCAAUUUUAUCUCAUUGGCCACACCUUCCAGAUUGAAAUGGACAUGUCAUCUUUCCCCAGAAUGCUUCAAUUCAAGCAGAAGGUUCUCCCAGAACCACAACUCCUCAGAUGGGCACAAUGGUUCUCUCAAUGGUCAUUCAAGGUCAAACACAUCAAGGGAAAAGAAAAUGUUUUAG